CUACUCCUCCAGCGAUUAUACCACCCGCUUUCUACAAUUCACGUCUCCCUUGCACUCAGCCAAAAUUGAUUGAUCGUCACUUCUCGCCAUGACAGAGGAGAGCGCCGGACCAGAGCUUCAGCCCGCCUCUACCUCCGCCUCCACCCCGGUCCCCGCGCCUGAGACUAGGACUGGAACUGAGACUGAAACCCAGCAGGGCGGUAGUCUCAUCCAGCAACUCUCAGAACAGGCCAACCAACCCACCGAGCAGCCGGAACAACCGCCACAACCUUCUCAAACCCCCGAGCUUCCUGAGACACCACAACCGUCGAAGGCAACGCCAGAAGAUUCUAAACAAAAUGAAGGCAGUAACCCUGAGAACCGGGUAACCGAUGAACAAUGGAGAGCUAUGUUCGAUAUUGUCCUAGCGAUCUAUGACUAUCGCGAACCGGAUGGAUACGACCCCUCGCGCCUUUUCCAUCGCAGCGUCAACAAACGUAAUGUCCCGGACUACUACGAUGUCAUCAAAGAACCUAUGGCACUGAGCGUACUAAAGCAAAAAAUCAAGAAUAAAUCCUACACUGAUUUUGCCGAGUUUGUAAGAGAUUGUGCAUUGAUUCCCCACAACGCGCAGACAUAUAAUCGCCCUAAAUCCCAAGCAUACGAAGAUGCGCUAGUCAUCAAGGAUGUGUUUAUUUCUGAGUUCGGCAAACUCGUCGAGCAAGGGAUAAUUUCUUCAGAGACAGCCGAAUUUCCAGACCUGGGAGAAAUCCCCGACGCAGACCCUCUUCCAGUCGAGGAAGAUGAGGAGGAAGAAGAGGAUGAGGACGAGGAAGAUGAUGAGGCUGAGGAUUCAGAUGAUGAAGCCGGCCGCCGCAGACGGAAACGACCAACACGUGGAUCCUCCAAACGAGAAAGUGGUGCUAAAGAUGACCCAAACAAAAUUAACGACCCCGAGCUACGAAAAAAGCGUGGUCGCCCGCCUCGCGUUGAUACGCCGAUGGAAGCGCGAAUCAAGGCUGUUUUGAAGGGGAUACGCAAGUUCAAGGAUUCCUCGGGCCAGCUAAAGGUUCGCCAUUUCGAGCGGUUACCUGACAAGGCUGCCUAUCCUGAUUAUUUCUCGGAGAUCAAGGACCCCAUGGCGAUCGAUCUCAUUAAAAGGAAAUCUAAGAGGAAGAAGUACAAUUCGGUUGACCACUUUAUGAAGGAUAUGGACCUCAUGUUUAACAACGCCAAGGCGUAUAACCAGGUGGAUAGCCAAAUAUACAGGGAUGCUGCUGCUUUGCAGUCGGAGGCACGUAAGUUAGCUGACCAGGAGAAGAAAAAGCCGGACAGCGAGUAUCUGAUGGAGGAUGGACGACUGCCUUUGCCUAAUGGUAUCUUACAUAAGGGCGAACUUUGGAAGGUUGGGGACUGGGUCCAUAUUCAAAACCCGAACGAUGUAACAAAGCCGAUAGUUGCCCAGAUUUACCGAACGUGGCAAGAUGCGGAGGGUCAGAAAUGGGUUAAUGCCUGCUGGUACUACCGUCCUGAACAGACAGUUCACCAGUAUGAGAAGCACUUUUACCCUAACGAAGUCGUGAAAACUGGCCAAUACCGAGAUCACCGAAUCGGGGAAGUUGUUGAUCGAUGUUUCGUCAUGUUCUUCACCCGUUACAACCGUGGGAGGCCACGAGGGCUGGCGCCAGACAAACAAGUUUAUGUUUGUGAAGCACGAUACAAUGAGGAGAAACAUAAACUCAACAAGAUCAAGACCUGGGCUAGUUGUCUGCCAGACGAAGUUAGAGAAAAGGAUUACGAGAUGGAUCUUUUCGACGCGCCUCGGAAGAUCAAAAAGAUACCUAGCCCGAUAAAGCACUUGCUCAAGGAGGAUGCGAAGGAAACAGAUGAUGUACCUAAACCGACUUGGGGUGCAGAGAAUGCGCCACCGAUUGUGGGUGCAGUACACCGCCGACCAAGAGAGGAGAACGAAUCCCCACCUCCAGAGCCCACCCCAUCACCGCCUCCACAACUUCCUGCGCCCCCGGUCGCACCCGUCGCACCCCAGCGUCAAAUAUCUAUAAAUCGUGCUCCGACCCGCCAGAGUAUGGACAGCACAGGCGAUUACCGCAUGAGCGCCAGUCCCUUACCCUCCCUACCCUCUCGCUCACCCGGCCAACCAACUCCCCAUGCCCCGCCAGCCGCCCUGAGUCCCCAACCGCCCAUCACACUAACGCGCAUGCAACAACCAUUCCCCCCUCAAUCUGCAGCCCCAACAGCUGCCGCCCCGGUCUACCCGGCAGGCAACCUUAAUCACCGCCCAGGACCCCCGUUUGCAACCCAGGCCCCACAAUCCACCCCAAUCUACCAACAACCCCUGCCACCACAACCCUACUCAGCCCCGCACAACUUCCCUUCAUACCAAGCCAGCCGCUAUCAUCCCCAUCCCCAGCCCAUCCCUCAACCCCACUUCCAGCAACAAUCACAACUACUACCCCAGCCGCAAUCUCAGCCGCAUCCCGUCAUCCCAGCCAACGUUUACAACCCCAAACGCACCCCGACCAGUUGAAACGUUCAUAUUAAGCGAUAAUGCCAACGCGGCUAUCCCGGAAGAAAUCCGACGACAAUUUCACUGCGAUGAGAAAGGGCGCGUACUAUUUUUCACGACCCCACCGCUAGACGUCGUCCCGCCAGCGGAGCAGACGGGGUUAGGACAUUCACUGCGCUAUCUGGCAGCGAAGAAGGAGAGGGCGAAGCUCAUUGAGAAGAGGAGGGCGGAGAGGGAGAAAAUGGAGCAGGAGAGAGAAGCAAAGCGGUUGAAGAUGACCACCUCCACAACCACUACCGGUACCGACGCAUGUAGUACUGAUAAUAACGAAAGCCUCGCGACAGCCGAUUGGAAAACGCUCUCCGAGCUCGCGCUAAUGGCAACUGUUGCGCAAAUGAAGCAGGCUGAUCGGGAUUGGUAUCGAAUGCGUUACGGAGAGGAGGAUGUUGUGAAGAUUAAAGAGGCAGAUGAUGAGAGGUAUAUGAGCAUCUUGAAGGAGAAAGCGAAGGCGGAUGCGGCGACGGGGAAGUUAGAUAUUGAGGAGCCUGUAAGCGUAGUGCCCAUAGUUAGUCUUAGGGCUGGAGGGGGUGGUUUAGACGUGUGAUUUAUGAUGUCAGCUCUCUCUUUGAAAGGGAAGGGCUCGUAUGUGUACGAUGUCAUAUGGUUCUUGUCUUAGUGAUUUCGCACCCCGGUUGUUUUAUCUUUCUAACUAUAUUUCUUCUAUUUGUAUCUUUUUAUUAUUUGAAUUUUCUAAACUUCCGGCUAUUUGGCUUUUAGCUGGGCUUCGGCUUUGGAGCGGGGGGCUUAUUUUCUUAUUCUUGUAUAAUAUAUCUAGGUAGAUAAGGAAAUAGAAAUGGAAACCAAGAUUGAAAGUUAACGAAUAGGAAUUUAGCUUCUAGGGUUAAGUUGAAGCAUAGUGUAACCUGUA